AUGACAUCCCCCACGCCGCUCGCCGCCGUCGUCGUCGGCUCCACCGGCCUCGUCGGCUCCUCCAUCCUGUCCAACCUCCUCGCCGACGACACCUACAAGCCCACCCACACCAUCUCCAGACGCGCGCCGCAAGCGUCCUCGCCGAACCUCAACGCCGUCGUCACCGCCGACACGGCCGCCUGGCCCGCCGCGCUGCGCGGCCUCUCCCCGCCCCCCGCGACCUUCUUCUCCGCGCUGGGCACCACGCGCGCCGCGGCGGGCGGCAUCGCCAACCAGUGGAAGAUCGACCACGACCUCAACGUCGAGCUGGCCCGGGCGGCCCGGGACGCCGGCGUCCGCACGUUUGUCCUCGUCUCCAGCGGCGGCACGCGCGGCCUGCCCUUCAGCCUCACCCCCUACGCCCGGAUGAAGAACGGGGUGGAGGACGCCGUCCGGGAGCUGGGGUUCGAGCACGCCAUCGUCGUCAGGCCCGGCAUGAUCCUGGGGGAGCGCGAGCAGCACCGCCUGGCGGAGGGCGUUUUGCAGGCCGUCGUGCGGGGGCUGGGGAGGCUGAGCCCGGCGGCGCAGGACGCGGUCGGCCAGGACGCCGGGGUCAUUGCGAGGGCGGCCGUCCGGGCGGCGCGGCUGGCGGACGAGGGCGGCGCCCCCGGCAAGUACUGGGUCCUGGAGGCCGGCGACAUUCUCAGGCUGGGCAGGACGGACGGGCAGGGCGCCGGGGCCGACAGCCAGGCGGGGGCGGGGGCGGGGGCGGGGGCGGCAGAUGUAGCGGCGAAACGAUGA